GCCUCUUUAUUUACAAAUUCUAACGGUUUCCUCUCUGUAAACAAAUCACAGCCAUAUCAUUAAUUGCAAGAGCACAACAGAAGAGAAAAGCGAGUGAUCGAUCCAAACUAGAGAGAAAGAAAGAAGGAAAGACAAUGACGAUGGAGACAGUAGCUGUAGCACCAACUCCAACACCAACGCCAACAACACAUCAAACCAUGAACAAAGAUACAACAACGACGCUCGCACAGCAAAAGAAUAACAGGAUUCAAGUCUCUAACACCAAGAAACCUCUCUUCUUUUAUGUCAAUCUGGCUAAGAGGUAUAUGCAGCAGUAUAACGAGGUUGAGCUUUCUGCCUUGGGCAUGGCAAUCACCACUGUUGUUACAAUUGCUGAGAUUUUGAAGAACAAUGGAUUGGCUACUGAGAAGAAAGUUCUGACAUCUACAGUAUGCAUGAAAGAUGAGAACAAAGGACGGCAGGUUCAGAAGGCUAAGAUUGAGAUUGUGUUGGGGAAGUCGGAGAAAUUUGACAGUCUGAUGAAUGCUGCCAAUGCAGCUCCAGAGGAGGAGGCAGCCAAAGAGAAGGAUGAUGAGAAAUAGCGAAGCAACUUUGAUGUUUUCUUUUUGUAGUUCUGUAUCCACAUUUUUAUUUUCUGUCUGCUUAAUAGCAUAGGGAUUACUAUGGAUAACAUAGUGAGAGUAGAGAGACAGUGGCAUAAUGGGACAUUGCAGUUGUAUAUAUGCCUCUCUUUACUCUGAUUAUAGACUUGUAGAGAUCAUAAAUGCUAUUAUACUGUUUCUUUGUUGACA